AUGGACUUAAAAGAUGACAGCUACGUCUAUUUUGGGUGGGAAAUAAACGUGUACCUCAAUUUCCAGCUGGAAACUGCACAUCGAAAGGUGGUGGCUUGGCGCAAAUUCUACAACAUCGCCGAUGCGGUCAAAAUGUUGAAUCGGAAGGUCCGUGCGCAGCACUUCAAUACCUUUGUGCUGAAGGCAAUGCCUCCACGGAUACGAGACGUGGUCACUCAUAAAAGCUAA